ACUUCCUUUAAUUAAUAACCUGUGGAAUUCAGAAACUCAAGGCUGUCUGUAGUAAAACACCAGCCACGCAGAGUUUGGCUCCUCUUUCUCUCUUGGAAACAUUUCAGACGUUUGUUUUUGAAUAGAGUGCAAAAAAUAUGGCUGAGCAAUUGUCUUCAGAUUACUUCAGCUGCCCUCUAUGUACGGAGCUCCUGAGGGACCCCGUGGCGAUCCCGUGUGGUCACAGCUUCUGCAUGGACUGUAUCAGCGGCUACUGGAAUGAAGCUGAUUACACUGGCAUCUACAUCUGUCCCCAAUGUCGGAUCACGUUCACCCAGAGACCCGUGCUGAGGCCAAAUGCCACUCUCACCAAAGUUGCGGAGAAGAUCAAGAAGACCGGCUUAAAUUUAACGCCUCCCAGUAAUGGAAGCUAUGCUGGCCCUGGGGAUGUUGCUUGCGACUUCUGCUCUGGAAAAAAGCUCAAGGCGGUCAAGUCCUGCCUCAACUGUCUUGCCUCUUACUGCGAAAAGCACCUGAAGCCCCACUAUGAGUCUGCCACUUUCAAGAGGCACAAGCUGGUGGAUGAGCUGGGGAACCUGGACCGUAAGAUCUGCCCUCAGCACCAGAAGAGCCUAGAGUUGUUCUGUCGUACGGACCAGAUGUGUAUUUGCGCCCUCUGUACUGUAAGCGAGCACAAGGGUCAUGACAUAGUCUCAGCCGAAGCAGAAAGGGGUGAAAAACAGAAACUUCUUGGAGUGUCCCAGGCGGAGAUCAAACAAAAAUGCCAGCAGAGGACCAAAGAACUGGAGGAGCUGAAGACAGCGGUGGAUUCUCUCAAAAGCUCUGCACAAAGAGCAAUGGCUGAAAGUAAGAAGAUGUUUGAUGAGAUGAUCACCUCCAUUGAGAGGAUGAGGUCAGAGGUCACCAAACUGAUCAACAUCAAUGAGAGGGCUGCAUUCAGUCAGGCAGAGGGACUGAUGGAGCGACUGGAGCAGGAGAUUGAUGAACUGAAGAAGAAAGAGACUGGACUUAAACAGCUUUACAGCACUGAGGAUCACAUCCACUUCUUACAGAAUUUCAAUUAUCUCUGCACCCCAACUGAUGAUGGCUUCAUACCCAGAGUGUCUCUGAAUCCGGACUUUUCCUUCAGUGCAGCCAGGAAAGCCGUGGCUGAGAUCAAAGAGAAGCUGGAGGAGCUAGGCAGAGAUGAACUGCGAAAGAUCUCAAAAUCAGUGAAUGAUGUACCAGUGUAUACUGUGGAGAAUCGUACCAAGGAGAAAAGUACCAGAGUUAAAGAAGUUCAUACAGUGGACAGUUCACCUCCUGCAGAACCCAGGACCAGAUCUGAAUUUCUGAAAUACUACUGUCAGCUGAGACUAGACCCCCACACGGCGCAUAAGGAGCUGUACUUAUCUGAAGGAAACAGGAAGGUGAUCAGAACCCGAGACCUGCAGCCAUACUCAGAAAACCAAGAUCGCUUCGAUAGCUUUGCCCAGGUGCUGUGUCGUGAGGCUCUGUCAGGUGGCCGUUUCUACUGGGAAAUCGAGUGGAGUGGAGAAUUCUCGAUUGGAGCGGCCUAUCGGGGCAUUAGCCGUAAGGGUAAAGGCUCCCUGUGCUUGCUGGGCUACAACGAUAAGUCUUGGAGCCUCCUCUGCUCCGACACAGGGUACUCGGCCUGGCAUAACAGGGUAGACAAGGCUGUUAGUGGCCCACACUCUUCGAGAAUAGGGGUCUUUCUGGACCACUCUGCAGGGGUGUUGGCCUUCUACAGUAUUGGUGAGACUAUGACACGUCUCUAUCGUUUCGAGACCACAUUUACUGAGCCCCUCUAUCCUGGGUUCGGAGUUGGAACGUCAGUCAAGAUCUGUCAAUUAAAAUGAACACUACACGAGUCGUGUGCUUUUCAAGAAUCUGAAGUGAAGGACAGACAUUUUUGCUCUUUGUUCUAUGAUUUUAUUUUUACUCUGUCUUUUAUGUUGAAUGCCAUUUGUCAGCUGUCAUUUAAACAAUUUUAACAGGUUUUGAAGGAAUUAAGUAACUUUUCAGUAAUGAUCCUAUCUAUAAUGUUCUCCUUAAAUGAAGAAAACCUUUAAAGAUGCUAAAAUCCUCUUAAGUUAAUGUUAUUUUGAAUGCGUGUAUCCAAAAGCAAGAGAUAUUCUCAUUGUCAUUGUAAAGCAACAUUAUUCAGCAAUGCCAUCUUUAUAUUUCAAUAAAAUUUUAAAGUUGUUAUACAUAAUGGUCUCUCAUGAAAUAAUAAUGUUCAUGAAACAAUUCUAGUCAUCUUUCGGUAAAUAUCCUCAGUUUGUGUUUUUGCUGCUGAACCACCUUUUCACCAAAUUUUAACAAAAAAUUAUAACUAUUUGACAUUACAUUGUCUACUAAGGACAGAAGAUCAUCUUAGUUUAAAACAAGACACCUAUGACACCUAUUUAUCUACAUUACCAAAGUUCAUCUGAUUUAAAAAAAUUGUGAUCAAGUUUUAUUACAAUGUGGGGAUUGUGAAUGAUCAUCAUGACUGAGGAAAAUGCUGUUAAAUGCUGACUCACUGAGGAUGUGCAUUGUAGAAAGCUGUAACUGGCCAUAAUGUAGUACCUGCACACACACAGUCCUCUUCGGCUGGAGUCAGUCAUUCAAAGGGUUUUUAUAGACUAGAACAUAAAACAUAACAUCAACAUGAAGGAUCUGUUCUAAAAACCUACCUAAAAUGAUCAGAAGGAUACAACUUUUUUCCAACACAAAUACUUUCUAACAAUCCCAGAUUCACAGCUCUAAUAAAAGUAUAACAUGGCCACAUACUCAUAGGUGUUUAACAUGUUUAACAAUUGCUGGAGGUCAAAGGUCGCUGUUUUGCUGGUGGUAGAGGGCGUUCCUACUGCUGGAUGCUCUGAAUUUAUUGUGUGGAAAAACAGCAUUGGCCAAUUUUCUCUCUGACACAACGGAAUCAAUUGGAGCUGAUUAUUACAGCCCAACACAAGGCGUCAGGAUACUAGAGUUUGAAUCACACAGUUUAUCUAAUGGCAACAAAAAUUCAGCAUGUGAAGUGGAACUAUGGGAUUGUGCGGGAGAUUUCAAGUUUGAAUCAUGCUGGCCAGCUUUAAUGAAAGACUCCAAUGGGGGACUACUGGAGGCCCAGUGUCUGCUCAUUGCCCAUCAUAAACCAGGGAGCGGGGCUGACACUAACCAUCCACCAUUAGCCCCACAGUUAAACAAGCUGCCUCUCAUUCACUCAAACCUUGAGGAAGACCCUGAAGAUGUCCGACAGGAGUUCCACAAAUACUUGGGAAAUGUUAUGCGGAUGCUAUC